AUGGCGAAGCAAUACAAGGUACCCUUUGAGCUGGAAGAUCCGGACCUCCUAAAAUCUGACUCUUUCGUCAACAAUCAAUGGGUUCAGGCGUCAAAGGGAGCCCGAUUUGAGGUGGUCGACCCCGGAACCGAUAUUGCCUGGGCUAGUUGCCCAACAAACACUACAGAAGAUGUUCCUGCUGCAGUUGAGGCUGCUCAUGCGGCAUUCGAGCAGUAUAAGAAAGUCAACCCCCGCCAGCGGGCACAGUGGCUUCUGAAAUGGGACCAGCUCAUUCGUGCCGCGAGGAGCGAUAUUGCUAAGAUCCUAACGCAUGAAACGGGAAAACCGAUGGCUGAGUCGUUUGGAGAGAUAGACUACGCGACCGGCUUCACUUGGUGGUUUGCCGGGGAAGCUGAGAGAAUCCAUGGAGGCAUCUCGGUCCCUGCUGCUCCAGGAAGGCGAGUCUUCACCGUGAAGCAGCCCAUCGGCGUCGCUGCGGCCCUGGUUCCGUGGAACUUCCCUAUUGCGAUGGUCCUCCGCAAGGCUGGUGCUGCAUUGGCUGCAGGCUGCACUAUGAUUGUGAAGCCUAGCCCUGAGACGCCUCUCAGUGUCCUGGUACUGGCACAUCUGGCCCAGAAGGCUGGAUUCCCAGCUGGCGUGUUCAAUGUCCUCACAACAGACCUGGAAAACACUCCUUCACUUAGUGAAGUACUGUGCAAGCACCCACUCGUUAAAAAGGUCACCUUCACCGGUUCCACGCGUGUAGGAAAGUUGAUUGCGUCUCACUGCGCCCAAGGUUUGAAGAAGGUCACCCUCGAACUAGGUGGAAACUGCCCGUUCAUCAUUUUCGACGAUGCCAAUCUGGACCAGGCUCUCGAACACCUCAUGGCCUUGAAGUGGCGACAUGCUGGCCAGGCAUGUAUCACGGCAAACCGUAUCUAUGUCCAGUCUGGUGUCUACGACAAAUUCGCCCAGUUGCUCAAGGAGCGCACGAGCAAGCUUGUCGUGGGCCAUGGUGCGGCAAAAGACACGACGAUGGGGCCUGUUACGACCCCGCGUGGUCUAGACAAAGCUGCCAGCCAAGUUGAAGAUGCACGCAAACUGGGAGCGAACAUCAUCCUCGGCGGCAAUCGAAUCACAGACAAGGGCGGCUACUUUUUCGAGCCAACCAUCAUCACUGACAUGACCAAGGACAUGUUGAUCUCGCACGAAGAAUCCUUUGCGCCAAUUGCUGCGCUCUACAAGUUCGAAACGGAGGAAGAAGCAGUCAAACUCGCAAACGAUACCAGUAUGGGGUUAGCCAGCUAUGCAUUCACUAAGAAUAUUGACCGAAUGUGGCGGAUGUUGGAGAACUUAGAAGCUGGUAUGAUCGGCAUGAACACAGGCAACUCGUCGGCUGCGGAGUCACCAUUUGGUGGCAUCAAGGAGUCCGGAUAUGGAAAGGAGAGCGGGAAGGAUGUCGCCGUCGCAGAGUAUCUUAUUACGAAGACCGGAACGCUCACCCUGGAAGGGCACUACUGA